UUGUUCCAUCGAAUCCAACGGCUCAGAUCAAACCCAUAUUUUAGCCUUCAAAACCUCAUCCGCCUCCAUUUCCCAUCUUCGUCGACCUCAAAAUCCAUCGAGUCCCGGACGCUAAUCCCUCCCCAAACCCUAGCUCUCCAGGAAAUGGCUUCAACUUUGAGCAUAAUGUCUGCAACUGGUAUGUUGGCUGCUUCCAGUGGUUCUGGAAUGCAUAAGAAGUCAUCUCUUUCAGCCUCUCAGCUCUCUUCUUUUGCUUCAUUAUCAUCUGGGCCAUUGAGUGGUAGGAGGCGGAGCUUGUGUCUACAGAAAACAUACAACUCAAAGAUUAGGUCCAUGGCCAAGGAGUUGUAUUUUAACAAGGAUGGGUCAGCAAUUAAGAAGCUGCAAACUGGUGUCAACAAGCUUGCAGACCUUGUUGGUGUAACACUUGGUCCAAAAGGAAGAAAUGUUGUCUUGGAGAGCAAGUAUGGAUCUCCUAAAAUUGUUAAUGAUGGGGUUACUGUAGCCAGAGAGGUUGAGUUAGAGGACCCUGUUGAGAAUAUUGGAGCUAAGCUGGUAAGACAAGCUGCUUCAAAAACCAAUGAUUUGGCUGGGGAUGGGACUACUACAUCUGUUGUUCUUGCUCAAGGUUUAAUUGCUGAAGGGGUGAAGGUGGUUGCAGCAGGUGCUAACCCUGUGCAGAUUACCAGGGGCAUCGAAAGAACUGCCAAAGCUCUGGUGGCUGAGCUCAAGUCAAUAUCCAAAGAGGUGGAGGACAGUGAACUUGCAGAUGUGGCUGCAGUCAGUGCUGGAAACAAUGAUGAAAUAGGAAACAUGAUUGCUGAGGCCAUGAGCAAGGUUGGUAGGAAAGGGGUUGUGACUCUUGAGGAAGGAAAAAGUGCUGAGAACAGCCUAUAUGUCGUGGAGGGAAUGCAAUUUGACCGUGGCUAUAUAUCACCCUAUUUUGUUACUGACAGUGAGAAAAUGUCAGUUGAAUAUGAGAACUGCAAGCUGCUGCUUGUUGAUAAAAAGAUUACAAAUGCAAGAGAUUUAAUCAAUGUUUUGGAAGAUGCAAUUAGAGGGGGAUAUCCCAUAUUGAUAAUUGCUGAAGACAUUGAACAAGAGGCUCUUGCUACUCUUGUUGUUAACAGGCUCAGGGGAGCUUUGAAGAUAGCUGCACUCAAAGCCCCUGGAUUUGGAGAGCGUAAGAGCCAAUACUUGGAUGACAUUGCAAUAUUGACCGGAGCAACUGUAGUUAGAGAUGAAGUUGGAAUUACUCUUGAUAAGGCCGACAAGGAUGUCUUGGGCCUGGCAGCUAAGGUUGUGCUGACCAAGGAUGCAACCACCAUUGUUGGUGAUGGAAGCACUCAGGAAGAAGUUACUAAAAGAGUUGCGCAAAUUCAGAAUCUGAUCGAGGUUGCUGAUCAAGAGUAUGAAAAGGAGAAGCUCAAUGAGAGGAUAGCGAAACUCUCUGGUGGUGUUGCAGUUAUACAGGUUGGAGCACAAACAGAAACAGAACUGAAAGAGAAAAAAUUGCGAGUGGAAGAUGCUCUGAAUGCUACAAAGGCAGCUGUUGAGGAAGGUAUAGUUGUUGGUGGCGGUUGUGCUCUUCUUAGGUUGGCCUCAAAAGUUGAUGCCAUCAAGGAUACACUUGAGAAUGACGAGCAAAAGGUUGGGGCUGAUAUAGUCAAAAGGGCAUUAACCUAUCCACUGAAACUGAUUGCUAAGAAUGCUGGAGUUAAUGGAAGUGUGGUUACUGAGAAGAUAUUGUCCAAUGAUAACUUGAAGUUUGGUUAUAAUGCUGCAACUGGAAAAUAUGAGGAUUUGAUGGCUGCAGGAAUAAUUGACCCUACCAAGGUGGUUAGAUGUUGCUUGGAACAUGCAGCUUCAGUUGCGAAAACCUUCCUCACUUCUGAUGUUGUGGUAGUUGACAUUAAGGAGCCCGAGCCGGUACCCGCUGGCAAUCCUAUGGAUAAUUCAGGGUAUGGGUACUGAAGAAAAGCUGUGGCAUCAACCUGAUCCUCCAUGACAAUGGUGAAAGACGGUGGAACCAGUCUCUCUUUUUGUAUAGUUGAUUUUAUAUGAUGGAAAACCACAAAGUGGUAGUGAAAUUUAUGCGCAAUUUUCGCAGGUUAAUUUAUUACUGAACAUUGUUACUAGAACUGACUUCCUUGAUGGAGUUAGCUUUUUAUGAAUGAUGAUGUUUAGGCAUUGAAGACAAA